AUGAUUUUUAUCAUCAUUCAGAGUGCGGCAGGCAGUCUCAGAGAUCACCUGCCCGAAGAUGGAAAACUGAACUUCACGCAACUAGCAAAUAAAUAUGGCCACGAAUGCGUAGAGCACGAUGUGGUCACGGAAGACGGAUAUAUCCUCAAAUUGUUUAACGUCGUGGGUAACAAAUCCAGACCAAUAUUUCUCCAACACGGCUUCAUGGACUCUUCUGACACCUUCAUCAUACGAGGCAACACCUCUUUGGCCAUUGCAUUAGCUGAAGAAGGCUACGACGUGUGGGCAGGUAACACCAGAGGCAACGAAUACGCCCGAGGGCAUCUCACCCUAAACCCCGAAACGGAUAAAAAAGCGUUCUUUAACUACAGUCAGCAUGAAAUGGCCGUAUACGACCUCCCUGCCAUGAUCGACUACGUUCUGCACGAGACAAGACAAACGCAGCUAAAGGCCAUAGGACAUUCUCAGGGCACUAUGAUCUUCUACAUCCUAGCAGCAGAAAAACCAGAGUACAACGACAAAAUAAAACUCUUCAUAUCCUUAGCUCCGAUCUGCUACCUCCACCAUACGAAGCCAUUGACUUCAACGGCUAUUAAACUUUGGCCCUUGGUAGAACCCUUCUUUAAAGAAUUGGGUAUUGUGGAAGCAUUCUCAAGAAAUUCAACAGCGGUGGCGCUGUUUGAAUUUAUUUGCACGACAAAGGAUAUAGGAUAUCCUUUAUGUAUCACUAUCAUGUUCUCAUUUGCUGGGUUCGAUCAGAAGGAACUAGAACGGGAAUUUGUUCCAGUGAUCUCUGGUCAUUUUCCUAACACUGCGUCUACAAAGAAUGGCGAUCAUUUGGUACAAAUAGCGCUGAAGAAGCGGUUUUCUAAGUACGACUACGGCGAGGAAGGUAAUGUGCUACUAUAUGGGACAUCCGAGCCGCCGAACUACGAUUUGAAGAACGUUCGGAUGCCGGUGGCGCUUAUAUCGGCGAGGAACGACAAGCUUUCGGCUUUGAAAGACGUGGCGAUCCUGCGAGACGCGCUGCCGAACGUAGUAUAUGAUCACGUGAUGGAAAGAAGGAAAGGUAUCGAAAUGCUGCAGGAAAAUAAGGUGCAGCAAGCAAAACUAUCAGAUAGGGUGAAAACACUUGAGUCAGAUUGCGCUAAUGCCCGCAACAGGAUUACCGUACUAGAAGACCAACUGAAUGAUAUGCAAAGGAAUCAAAUCAAGAAAGCGACCGAAAUAAGGAAUGUCCCCAAAUUGGAAAAUGAAGAUCUUCACGAGAUUGUAACAAACAUGAUGAAGACACUCGAUAUCAGCAGCAAUAACGACACUGUUAAGGAAGUAUAUCGCAGAGGCAGCGACAAUGCGCCGAUUACCGUGGAACUAGCGGAAUUUGAGCAAAAAAUAAAGAUAUUGAAAGCUGUUAAGACAUUUAAUAAUAAAAAUAAAGAUAAUAAACUGAAUACCAACCACCUGGGUCUCAGCACAUUGAGAGUGCCAAUCUAUGUCUCUGAAAUGCUAACACCAAGAACAAAAAUUCUACUAAGCUCGGCUAAGAAACUCGUCAAGGAUGGUUUGUUCAAGUUCUGCUGGAUCUCUAAAGGGGUUGUGCUCUUAAGAAAAUCAGAAGGUGAACCUGCAAUUGUGGUAACUAGACAGGAAGACCUGGAAGAAGCCAAGCUGCAAGCUGCAGGCAAAGGCAAACAGGACUGA